CGGCAGGCAGUAGCUACUUCCGCCAGAAGUCCCUAGCGGCUCGGGUUCGGAUGCUGCCUGACUCCGGGUCCUCCUCCGCAGCCCGCCCGUCCGAGGCCGGUCGCAGCGGGUCUUACAGGGCCUGCCGCGAGGCCUCCCCUGCGGCCGAGCCCCGGCCAGUGGUGCGGAAGAGACGCCGGGGAGCGGGGCCAGGGCGGUGCGUACCCCGCAGGCCUUGCGGCACCCGCCCAACCGGGGCGGGUCGACCUCCCGGACCCGCCCAUUAGGGUCGCCUAAUCCGGGGCGGGUUAGCCACCUCUCACCUGCGGGAGUCGUCAUCCCCCAGGCUGCGGCCACCCGGGGACCAUGGAGUUCGCGGAGCUGAUUAAGACCCCACGGGUGGACAAUGUGGUGUUGCACCGGCCUUUCUACCCCGCCGUGGAAGGGACCCUGUGUCUGACGGGCCACCACCUGAUCCUGUCCUCCCGGCAGGACAACACGGAGGAGCUCUGGCUCCUCCAUUCAAAUAUCGACGCCAUUGACAAACGGUUCGUGGGCUCUCUGGGUACCAUCAUCAUAAAAUGUAAAGAUUUCCGAAUUAUUCAGUUGGAUAUUCCUGGGAUGGAGGAAUGUUUAAAUAUAUCCAGUUCCAUUGAGGCAUUGUCCACUCUGGACUCGGUGACCCUGAUGUACCCCUUCUUCUACCGACCUAUGUUUGAGGUGAUUGAAGAUGGCUGGCAUUCCUUCCUUCCUGAACAAGAGUUUGAGCUCUAUUCCUCUGCUACCAGUGAAUGGAGACUGAGUUAUGUCAAUAAGGAAUUUGCUGUCUGUCCUUCCUACCCGCCAAUUGUCAUUGUGCCCAAGUCCGUCGAUGAUGAAGCUCUUCGGAAGGUGGCAGCCUUUCGACAUGGGGGGCGCUUCCCAGUACUGAGCUAUUACCAUAAAAAGAACGGCAUGGUGAUUAUGCGAAGUGGUCAGCCUCUGACUGGCACAAAUGGGCGAAGGUGCAAGGAAGAUGAGAAGCUGAUAAAUGCCACCCUCAGGGCAGGAAAGCGUGGUUACAUCAUUGACACAAGAUCACUAAAUGUGGCCCAGCAAGCUAGAGCCAAAGGAGGGGGCUUUGAACAGGAAGCCCACUAUCCCCAGUGGAGGCGGAUUCACAAGUCCAUUGAGAGAUACCAUGUUCUUCAGGAGAGCUUAAUCAAGCUCGUGGAAGCAUGCAAUGAACAAACCCACAACAUGGAUCGAUGGCUCGGCAAGCUGGAAGCCUCCAACUGGCUGACACACAUCAAGGAGAUUCUGACCACUGCCUGCCUGGCGGCCCAGUGCAUUGACAGGGAGGGAGCGUCGGUAUUGAUUCAUGGGACAGAAGGGACUGAUUCCACGCUGCAGGUGACUUCCCUGGCCCAGAUCAUCCUGGAACCGAGAAGCAGGACCAUCCGUGGCUUUGAGGCCCUGAUAGAGAGAGAGUGGCUGCAGGCCGGUCACCCGUUCCAGCAGCGCUGUGCACAGUCAGCUUAUUGCAACAGCAAGCAGAAGUGGGAGGCGCCUGUGUUUCUUCUCUUCUUGGACUGCGUGUGGCAGAUCCUCCGGCAGUUCCCUUGCUCCUUUGAGUUUAACGAGCAUUUUCUCAUCAUGCUCUUUGAGCAUGCUUAUGCCUCACAGUUCGGAACAUUCCUGGGCAAUAAUGAAAGUGAAAGAUGUAAGUUGAAGCUACAGCAGAAAACAAUGUCUUUGUGGUCAUGGGUCAAUCGGCCCAGCGAGCUUAGUAAAUUCACCAAUCCACUCUUUGAAGCCAACAACCUAGUCAUCUGGCCUUCUGUAGCUCCACAGAGUCUCCAUCUGUGGGAAGGAAUUUUCCUACGUUGGAGCAGAUCCUCCAAGUAUCUGGAUGAAGCAUAUGAAGAAAUGGUUAACAUCAUUGAAUAUAACAAGGAGUUACAAGCCAAGGUCAACAUCCUGAGGAGGCAGUUGGCUGAAUUGGAAACAGAUGAUGGUCUACGAGAAAGUCCUUGAAGGAACUCCCCAUCUGUCCUGAGGACCUAUCUAGGCCUGAGUCCGUCUCUCCCUCCGUUUGCUCUUCAGUUCACCGUACACAGUAGCCUUGAACUUGGCUGUAGAUGUGGGAUCCUGUAAUGUUACGGCUUUCUCAACACUGCAAGAUGGAGGUCUUCUAACACACACCAAUAUGGCCUGGUAGGCCCUUUGCCAUGGGAGCAGGAGAUGCUGUCACAUCACUAACUGUAUGAUACCUAUGCCCUAUGCUGUCCUCUAUCACCACGUUCUAAACAGUGGUUCAGUCUAGAGUCCAUCUAAAAUGUGGGCCAGGCUUAUAUGCAUUCAAAUAUAGAAGUGUUUCUUAAAACAGAAAUGGUUGAGAAGCCAGAAUUUUGUGUUUAACGUGUCAUCCUGCCCCUACUCCCCCCCACCCCCCAGGUAUAAAAUGACCACUCUCCUUUAAAAACAGUUUUGGACUAACGAAGCCUAUUUUGUCAAGAAGGAAAAAUUCAGAAUAGUUAUUUGCGAUAAAUCUUUCUAUAAGGGCAACAGGUGUGGUCCUCUGAUAAUUUCAUUAAGAAAGGGUAAAUUUACAAGUAGACACCAAAAGUCUUGCCAUAGAGAAUUGAAGUAGGAAUCCCUCACUGGUAGCCAUCUCCUACUGUUGCAUUGGCUUUUCAGGUUUCUGACCAAACAUACAAAAUGUGCUUUGAGUGAUGGGUGUGAAUGAGACUGUAGCUUGACUAGAACUCACUUUUUAGAACUAUACAACAGGUACAGAAUCUGUAAGUCAGAGGUCUGAGUUCUUACUGCGCUGGUCGGUAUCUGUGUGACUUAUUUACUUUUAAGUAUUCUGAGUUGGACCUGUGGCACAGCUAGACUUUCAAGUCAGCCUGAGCCACUUGUAAAUCUGUCUGCUGACUUGUUCUUUCUGUUAGGCAAAUAGGAUUGCACUGGGCUGGGAAGCUGGGAAAGUGGCACAGCUGUCUGAAGCCAUGCUGUAUCAGAAGCAGCGGCGCCGCGAUACAGCUGCCUUCAGCUCAGGGUGUGACUGGAGGCAGCACCUCUCUAAUCCCAGCACUUGGAAGGCUGAGGCAGGAGGACUUUUUAAGUUUGAAGCCAGCUGAGCUGUAUUGUGGGUUCCUGGUUAGCCUGCCCUAUUGGGUGAGACUGUCUAAGAGACUCUAGCAGCAUGUGUGGCCCCUGCUUUCCGUCUCCAGUUGUCCUGCCUCCUCUCCCUUUCUCCUUCCUUCCACCUGUGGCAGGUCAGGAACCAAUCAGCAGUCCCGGAUCUGCUGGUGGCUUUGUCCACUGCCACCUCUGAGUUCAGCUCUGUUCUUUACCUGCUCUUUGUCUCACUGAUGCACAGAGCACAAGCAAGGCUCCUUGCUCUAGGCCUGUUUUAUGCCAACUGUCCUUAGUUUUGAAGAAAUUGCCUGAUUUCUUGGGGCUGUUCAGUCACCAGCCCCGUCUGUCACUCUGCUACCACCCUACAUGUUUUCUCCUAUUUUUGGCUCAGCUACCUGUGAAGGAGUCCUCUACUUCUCAGCUGAUGGACCCAUGAAGGAAAGCAUCUGGAGGGUUUUUCCUCUGUGAUUUCUUUAAGUGAUUCCCACUGCUGUGGACCAGGCGUCUGUGCACAGAAACUUGGGGAUAUUAUGCUUAGCUAAGGAGAGAUCUGCUGCCCCCCACUCACCCCCGCGUGCCUGUCUCCCUGAUGAACACUUGAUGUGCAACCAGAGUCAUAACAAUGGUAUUCAGUACCUUUGCCUGUUUCCCUUUCCCAUGAAAUAGCACUCAUCACUGUUUUUGACAAGCUUGCAUUUUAGUAUGGAUUUAUAAAUAGAGAUUAUCCAAAUACCAACCUUGAAAGCAAAUCUUGGUAUCAGUCCACUUUCCAAGAAUUAUUUAAUAAUGCAAAUGCUACAGUUUCCCUAAACUCGAGAACUCGCUCAAACACAGAUGUGUUAUCACCGUGAGUUGAGGAUUUUGAGGAGUCACACCGUCCACACCCUUCCCUUGUGUGCAAUGAAUAAAUACAGCAGCUAUACUCGGGAAACUGGUUCUGUGUUUUGCUGAGUUGCUUGAAUGAUCAUGGCCCUAAAACCUCCAGUGAAGAGGACGGAGGCACAACUCACAAGCAAGUGCGGCUGCGUAGGGUCCAGUAAUAAUCAAGUGAUACCUAAGGCUCCCGUGUACCCAUGGUCUCGGCUUACAUCUGUGCGGGGAUUUCACAGUGUAGGCCACAGACUGAAAGGGUCAGAGGUCAUUACCCUCCUUUGUCAGCAAUGCAAGGAUGCUUUGGUUUAAAUCAGUUAAUUUUUUGAAAAUCAAAAAACCAGAGUUACUUGAUCAUCUAAGAAAUCUGAAACAACAUUGUCGGCAAGACUUUACAGUGAUGUCAGUAAUUUUUAUUAUAUAUUGUGAAGAGAAAAGCAAAAAUAAUGAAAUCUAAUAGACUUAGAUUACAUAAUUUAAGGAAAAAUUAGACUGUCAAAAGGCAAAAAUUUAGAGUAAUCUUUUCACCAAGUCUGAGAAGAUGGUAGCAGAGCGUUAUUGAAAACUCCAUAGCCAGGGUCUGGAAACUUUGAUGUUGAGGCCUGACAUAGAGUUGGGUCUCGCUGCUGCAUUUCAUUUUGAAAAAUGAGGUUUAGUGAGAUUUUAACCUUUGGUUUGGUCAGGAUUUGGGUUUGUGUUAAGUCUAUCACAGGAAAGAUUUGACCAGAAUCUAAUCUCCCAAUGUGAAAACUGGAGUAGAACCUUUGUCCCUGUCUCAGCUCUAGAGACCCUGGCCCUGGGAGGUGUCUGGUUUGGGGGUGGAGCUCUUGUCACUGAUAGGCUUGCUUAUCAGACGUCCAUCUGAAGCUGAGGCUUUAGGGCCUGUCCACUCCUGCUAGUGACAGCAGCAUGAGGGUGUGGACAUUUAGCCUUAGAAAAGCUCCUCCUGAGCAGGAAAUGGCAGGAACUAAUCCCCACCCCACCUGUUCCUGGAAGCCUUGGCCUUUAUGGACAGAUGAUGUCAUUGGACACAUCUGGUACAGAUGAUAGCAUAGGUCCUCAUUGUGUCUCAAGAUGGCUUCCUUGCAAUGUCAACACGAAGAAAGCGCUCCUUCAGAGCUGGGAUUUGGAAGCCACUACCAGAGAGUGUUUCUGUGUUCUUCACCAUUUUAACAGGGAACACGAAGAGACUGAUUUCUCCUUUUGUACUUAUUGGCAGAUGGUACGAUGAGCAAAAUUGCCUUUCUACUGUAAGUUUCCAAACUUUUAUUUCUUCUAAUAAAUUUGGUUCUGCUUUCACUCUAUCUCAUAACCUACUGCCCACAAGAGUUUCUUCCUUUGACCCAACAUCCCAGAGGAAACUUGAGAUUGUAGAACUCAGCUGUAGACUUCUGAACUUGUCUGAACAGUCCUGCAGAGGCACAAAUUGUGCUUGUGGCGAGUAGUCAGGAAGCUCCCAGUAGGCACCUCACUGUCCUCAUGGAGCCAAUGUUCAGAGCCUUUCUCUAGCCUCCUGCAAGUCCCUGGAUUGACUGUAAUAAGAUGGCAUCGUGCAGCACUGCCUGCAUUGGUUGGGCAGAGAUAUUGGCUCCACUUUCAAAUUGCACAUCUUGGGAAAGGUGGGGUAUUCCCACACAUGUAUCUAGAACCCUGUUGCUUAGUCCUUAGAGGUUUGCUAGGUUUACACUAGAAAUAAUUGUACUUGCACACUUAGCUUAAUUUAGAAAAAGACUGUGUAUUUCUUCCGUAGCUUAGUGUUAGGACUGUACUCUGUGUACUGAAUGUGACUCUGUACUGAGGUGCACUGUCAUUCAUGUCUUACACAAUAAACUUGCACUGUAUGGCAAUCAUGUUUACAAUGUACGCUUUCCUGAAACUUGAGGCUGCUGUGUGGAACAGUUUCUUAUUGUAAGUUUGUCUGCGCACGUGAGUGUGCAACGCACAUAGACUCUUAGGGGAAACUCAGAGUGUUUGUUAGUCUGCACAACACUUUACUACUGCCUGUAGUGUUCACCUAGCAGUGAGUUGAUUUAUGUCAUGUAGCUGGAGCCAGUCCCCGAGUUGGCUUGUCACUGGUAUAGCACAUCGAGAAGCAGUCUGUUGAGUGUGGUCCUGGUCGGUAUAUGAUAUUUUUGUGUCAGGUUCUCCUCUGCCUCAGAGGACUGUUACAUAGAUGCUGGUGUAAAUUUCUAGACAAUAGUAAUAAAAUUUGAGUAUAUUCAAAUGCUGCUA